UUUGGGUUGAUGGUUUGAAGCUUUGGGACUCAAAGCGUUGAUAUAAAACCAGGGAAUGAGAGUCAACGAUCCACUAUCUUUCUUGGCUCUGAUUGGUUGUUUUCGUUCAGGGUUAGGGUUAUCCCGGUACAUUCUUGCAAAUGCCAUUAGAAGCACUAGGAGGAGCCAGAAGAACCUGAUUUUUUUCACAGAUUAUCUGUCUCGUGUACUACUGUCGGGAUAUAUGGAAAGUUUCAGCAAAUAUAACAAAACGUUUUUUACGUUAUUAACGUUAUUUUUAGAAGGUUACCUACUGCAGCUUUAAAGAAAAGCUGGUAUCUCCAAUCUUCCCUACAGGACGUGAACGCAGCACGUGUUCAGGCAGUGGAGGCAGAGCAGCACCAGGAUCAGGAUCAGGAUCAGGAUCAGGAUGGGCAGCUCGCAUCUGGUCUGCGUCUCUGCGUUAACGGCAGCAUCCUCGUGCAGCUCGAUGAUAGACACAGUGAAAUCCUCCUAAGCAAAAAAAAAAAAGAACAAAGAAGAAGAAUUGACAGGGAGGAAGGAUGGACUCCAUCUCUAUGAUGGCCGGCCGCAGGAGUCCUGUGUUCCUCACAGCCUCCUCCUCCCACCACCUCCACCAUGCCCAGGCCUGUUUUCUGCCCAACGGCAUGAAGAAUGGAGUAGGAGAUGUGGGGAGCGCUCGUCUCCCUGCCCAACCCGCAGUGGCCAUCCUGGGCUCAGGUGACUUCUCCAAGUGCCUGACCAUACGCCUGCUGCGCUGCGGCUUCCAUGUGGUAGUGGGCAGCCGCCAUCCCAAACUGGCAGCCCAGUCAUUUCCCCAUGUGGUGGAUGUGACGCACCACGAAGACGCAGUGGGGAAGGCCAGCAUUGUGUUCCUGGCAAUCCGCCGUGAGCAUUACUCUGUCCUGUGGGACCUCAAGCAUCUACUGGAAGGCAAGGUCCUGGUGGAUGUGAGCAACAACAGGAGGGUGAACCAGUAUCCAGAAUCUAAUGCUGAGUAUCUGGCAUCGCUGCUGCCAGACUCCAUCGUGGUCAAAGGAUUCAAUGUCAUCUCAGCUUGGGCCAUGCAGCAGAGCUGUCCCAAAGAUGCCAGCACACAGGUGUUCAUUUGCAGUGACUCAGUGGAAGCUAGACAGCAAAUUAUGGAACUUGCCCGCCAUCUCAACUUCCAGCCAGUGGAUAUGGGGACCCUGUCUUCUUCGCGAGACAUUGAGAACAUGCCCAUACAGUUAUUUCCUGGCUGGAAGGGCCCUGUCCUCGCUGCAGUGGCCCUCUCCAUCUUUUUUUUUGCCUACUCUUUUGUAAGAGACAUCAUUCACCCAUAUGUGAAAUACAAGCAGAGUGAUUUCUACAAGAUCCCCAUAGAGAUGGUGAACCGAACACUGCCCACUGUUGCCAUCACUCUCUUGGCCCUGGUGUACCUGGCAGGGCAGCUGGCGGCCGCCCACCAGCUCUACUACGGUACCAAGUACAGACAUUUCCCACACUGGCUGGAAGGCUGGCUGCAGAGUCGGAAACAGCUGGGCCUCCUGAGCUUCUUUCUGGCUGCUGUCCACGUUCUCUACAGCCUGUGUCUGCCCAUGAGGAGGUCUGAGAGGUACCUGUUGCUCAACACCGCCUACCAGCAGGUCCAUGCUAAUGUGGAGAAUGCGUGGAAUGAGGAAGAGGUGUGGAGGGUGGAGAUGUACGUGUCCUUUGGGAUCAUGAGCCUUGGGCUCUUGUCACUCCUGGCAAUCACCUCCAUCCCAUCUGUCCAUAGCACACUCAACUGGAGGGAGUUCAGCUUCAUACAGUCCACUUUGGGCUACAUUGCCCUGCUCAUCGCCACCCUCCACGGCCUGCUGUUCGGCUGGAAGCGAGCCUUUGACGAGGAGGCAUACCGUUUCUACCUGCCCCCCAGCUUCGUGGUGGCCCUGGCCCUGCCAGUGUGCGUGAUACUGGGGAAGGUGCUGAUGCUGCUCCCCUGCGUGGCCCGCAAGCUCCACCAGAUCCGCCGGGGAAUGGACAGCAGUCAGUACCGGUGUCAGCGGAUGGAGCCGGCGGGCUUGGCUGUUCAGGUUUCACCUGAGAGAGUUACUAUCAUGUGAUCACUGGAGAACAGAGCUGUCUGCUCUUGUAUUGGGAUUUACACAUACUGCCAUAGUUAGCAAAUGAACACUGUUUAUUAAUGUGAUUCCCAUUGAGAGGGCAUAUCCUUACUUUGUGACUGUGAACUGUUUUUGCUGACAUGUGCAGUGUGUACUUGUGUACGUAGCUGUUAUUGAUCUUGUAUGACCAUUAUCUUACAGUUUGCACAUCUGAACUGUAAAAAUUAAUAUUCUUCCCAUGACAGUACUUUGACAAUAUUUCACCGAUACUUUGUUCCUGUCCCUGUGUUCUGACAGACAUUAUAGUGUGCUGAGUGUUUAUCAUUAGUACUUCAAAGGGUCAUUUUACUAGUUCUACUUAACCUGUGAAAACAGUAUAAUGUGCCAUGUCUAGGUAAAUAACCCAUAUGAUGUCAAGGAGGGUGGAGAAUAUAGAUUCAGAACAGUAAGCAGGGAUGGUCCAAUGAAAAGACAAUACUAAUAUAAGUUGCAUUAUGGGAAUUGUAGGACCCAGUGCUUUUGGAGCUUACCACUGAGUUGCAUAAUGGGAAGUGGAGGAUCUAGUGUAAAACCUUUGCUGCAAUUGCUGCACAAUUAUUGCCGGUUAGAUUUGUGUCCCAGGGCAUGACAAGAAUCGCCUGGCCAUCACUUGAUCAAAGAGCUGAUUGGCUCUUAGUUUUGACAAUAAACUAUUAUAUAUAAUAUUUUCCUAAUUUUCUGUGUGAUUUAAAUAUUUAACUCUAGAUUGUUGCUGUUUCAUGUCUCAUGUUGUGCAAUGAAGUUUUAAUCUGUUAAACAGAUCUUGUGUGGUUGAUAAUAAUAAUAAAGUUUAUUUAUACAGUAUAUCCAAACAUAGUCUGCAAACUAUAGGUAGCCUAAGGAUGAUCUAACAGGAUGCAAAACUAUAACUUCCUGUUUAUUCUUUGAAGGCUGCUCUUUGGAAACUGACUCGACUGCAGCUUUUUGUCACCGCCUCCUGCUGCUGCCGCCCAAUCUCGUCCACUUUCCAGGCGGGGCACAGUUCAUCUCGAAUGAGCCUAUUCACAUCUGGAAGCUACCCAGUACAACCACAGUCAGGCCACUGAGCAGCUCCACUACCACCACUGAGGUGCUGGUAAUGAGGGAGGGGCAAGUGCUGCCUUUCACUUUUCCCAUUAAGAGUCAGAACCGAUCUUUAGGCCACCACUGCCUAGGAUCCAGUGUUUUUUGAACUUACUACUGAAUUGCAUUAUGGGAAAUGUAUGAUUCAGUGUUUUUUAGCUUACUGCUGAGUUGUAUUAUGGGAAAUGUAUGAUCCAGUAUUUCUGGUCCAUACUAGGAACAGACUUUUUCUUUUUUCUUUUUAUCUGUCUCCUCGCUUCAUGGAAGUGCAAUAGUAAAUUGUAGUACCACUUUAAUUAUGCACAGUUUUUCUGCUUGUGGGUUGACAAAGUUCAUACAAUAUAAAUGUCUUUCAGUGGUGGUUUUAUUCUCACAGCAAAAUAAUGGGAAAACGUGUAAAGGACACAGAAAAAAAUCAUUUAUUUAUCAGGUUAGUAGUUCCUGUUAUCUCUUUCUGUGCUGUUCUUAUCUUUGGUGACAAUGUCACAUUUCAUACUGUAAAGAGAUGUUAUGAAGUAUUUGAUGAUUCUGCAAUAUCACAGUGUUGUGUUUUUUCUGUCUGUCUGUCUGUCUGUCUGUAUUACUGUAGAAAAGAAUGUUGUGUCCAUCUGUCAUGCUUUGAUUAAUGAGAUCCAUGGCAUUGUGUUUUAACAUAUUAUUUGUCUCUUUACUGAGAGCAGCUGAUGCAGUUUGUGAAGCUGUCACUGAAUUACAGCAAAUUCAGUUUGUUAGUCACAUUAUACAUAGAUAACCCUGGUCCUUCUCAGUGUAUUAGAUGUAUGUGUGCCAGUGUUUUAUAGUGGGCCCAUACUGUCCCCUUGUAUACAGUGUGUAACAAAUAUCAUCAACUACUCAGUUCAUUCAUUUUAUUGAGUUAAAUUUCCUUAUCUGAAUCACAACUCUCAAAACCUUUUAAAUCAACCAGUCCUUUCACUUGCAUAACCACGCAGCAGUAAUGUAACUGUAACAGGAAAUAAAGCAAAAUGUGAUGUUCA